AUGACAUUGACGUUGUCUGUAAAAAAAAUAGAUUUUGAUCCUCAAGUAUCUCAGUUACAUAUAAAUGGCACAGUUUCUGAAGAAAAUAAACAUGUUAAAAUAGGUUCUUAUCAUACAUUGGAUUUAGAACUACAUAGAAACUUUACAUUGACGAAACAAGAAUGGGAUAGUAUAUCAUUAGAAAGACUAGAUAAAGCUUGUAAUCCUACCAAAAGAGCAGAAAUAGGCGCAGUUGUAUUGCAAGAGGGACUUGCAAAUGUAUGUUUAAUUACAGACUAUAUGACUAGUUUACAACAGCGAAUUGAGAUUCAUAUACCUCGAAAACGCAAGGAGAAUGUAACAGAUUAUCAAAAGAAUAAGGGUAUAAAUAAAUUUUAUGAAACAGUAAUGCAAGCAAUGUUACGAUCAUUUGAUUUUAAAAAUUUAAAAGUAAUAUUAAUAGCAUCUUCUGGAUUUGUUGGUGAAGGAUUGAUUAAAUAUAUAUUUAAUGAAGCGAUUAAAGUGGAUAAUAAAGGACUUUUGCAGUCACGUCCGAAAUUUCUUCAGCUUCAUUGUUCUAGCGGACAUAUGCAUUCAUUAAAUGAAGUUUUGAAUUCACCGAGUGUAUCAGCAAAAUUAAUAGAUACAAAAUUUGCUCAAGAAACAAUGGCGUUGAAUAGAUUUUAUAAAACAUUACAUAAUAAUGAAACGAAAGCAUGGUAUGGAAUAAAAGAAGUAUUUUUAGCUGCAGAACGUGGAGCAAUAGAAACCCUAUUAAUUUCUGAUAUGCUUUUUAGAAGUAAUGAUGUCAAUGAAAGACGACGUUAUGUAAAACUUGUUGAAACAGUAAAACAAAAUGGAGGCAAAGUAUUAAUUUUUUCAAGUUUGCAUGAAUCCGGCCAUCAAUUAAACCAGUUAAGCGGCAUUGCAGCCAUUUUAACUUUUCCAAUAAACAUUGAUGUAAAUGAUGAAUAA